AUGGCAACAACGGAGGCCGCGCUGCGGCGGACGGGUGGCAACUGGCUCCAUGGCCUCCCUGGCCGAGCCCCGCGGCUCACGGGCGCGCUCCCGCUCCCCCGCCCGCUCCCCGGGGCUGUCCCCGGCCCUCGGCCCCUCUCGCUGCGGCGAGGAGCGGCGCAAGGCCGCCUCGGACGCCGCACAGGAGACACAGGUGCGGCCGGUGGAUCUGAACUACGCCAUCAAGCUGCUGGAAGAUGCAGGCUCCAGCGAUUUGGAAGACCAGCAGCUGAAAGUUCUCAAGAAGGUAGUGAAGUCUUUUGAAAAUGGGCUCCCCCUUAAGGAUUUAGCGCAAAUAAUGGACAUUCUUAACCUGUGUGCAGAAAAAGUGAAUGAACAAGAAGCUUUCAUUGAACCCGUAUGUGAACUUAUUAAAUUAUGUGGGUUGCCAUUUCAAAAAAAGAAGUUUUCAGAUGAAGUAAACUAUUCUGUGGCAGUUUCAAAAUCCAUUGCACAACUUGGUUGUUUGAUGAGGGUGCCAAGUUCUCAAGUUAGAAUACAAAUUUGUAAGUGUAUAAUUAGCUUUUAUAAGAUGGAGCUACCAAAAAAACUACUCCCAGGUUACCAGCCAACAAGUGCAGACUAUAAGAUUCAGAUGGCUGAAUUAGGAGGAUUAGCAGAAACUCUUGUUUUAUCUCUUGCAUUAGUUGAAAAUCAACUUACUGAGAAGUUGUGGGUUCUUAAAGCUCUCCAGCAUCUCUCCAACUCCGGAGUAAAUUGCAGACAUAUGAUAAAGGCUCAAGCAGCCAGCAGACUCUGUUUGUAUCUAAAUGGCACUGAUCCCUCAGGACAGCUGGUGUUCCGCUCAUCAGAAAUCCUAUGGAACCUGUUAGAAAAUACCUCAAAAGAAGAGGUUGUUAGUCAACUCAAUAGCUUGGAAUGUAUACAUGCAUUGAAGGAAAUAUUUGUGGACCGGCUCAUAAAUGGCUUCCGCCAUUAUGAUCGUCAGCUAAGGAAUGACCUCCUGGUGAUUGCCACGUUAGUAGCUGAAAACUCUGCAGCAUCAAUGAUUGAAAGUGGAUUUACGAUGCUGUUAAUAGCACUUGCAACGUUUACUGAAGUUAAAAUUCCCAAUCCCUUGUUAGAAGGUCUUAAACUUACCUACUCUUAUGAAGACUUUGAGAUGAAGAAAUUAUUGUUUAACAUCAUAGGGAUCUUUUCUAAAGACCCGCAUGCUGUACAGCUCCUCAGUGAAAAUGAUGUGAUGCCAGCUUUGCUGUAUUAUGUAAAACCACAUAAAAAGCCUGGAUUUCAUGACUGGUCUGCUGCCCAGUAUGAGGAAUUACAGCUUCAUGCAAUUGCUAUUUUAGCUUCAGUGGCUCCCUUGUUAGUUGAUAAAUAUUUGUCUUGCCAAGCGAAUACUCUUCUCCUUGUGUUUCUAGAAUGGUGUGUAGGUCAAGAUCCUUUCUUUGGUCAAGGGAACAGUUUCCAUGGAACAGGUGGUCGUGGCAGCAAACUUGCACAAAUGCGCUACGGUCUGAGAGUGCUGAAAUCUGUUGUAUCUCUUUAUGACGAUGCUGUGAACCUUAAUCUGUGUGACCAGGGAGCAAUUAGCCAGCUUCUGGAGAUCCUGAAGUAUGCAGCAAACAAAUUGGAACAAAAAGAUGAUGCCAUUCUGCUGGAAAUCCAGGCUAAUAUAUUAUUUAUUUUGUCUGUUCUCUGUGAAAAUGAUGUCCACAGAAAGGAACUCUUCAGCUAUGAAGGAGUGCAUUUACUUAUCUCAUUCCUUCAGAUGGAUCCAAAGAAGCUGCACAGUGGACUGGGCCACAGGCGUCUCCUUUUCAGUGCACUGGACUGCUUGUGGUCCUGUGUCAUUGGAUGCUACAUUGCAGAGGAUUAUUUUCUAGAACAACAGGGCAUUUUUUUCCUUCUGGAUUUGCUGGCAUUAAAGCAAAAAAGCCUGUGCAAUAUAAUUCUUGGGAUCCUCAGUGAGUUUUGUGACAAUCCCAAAACCAUUAUUCACAUCAGUACCUGGCGGGGGGAGAAAGAUCAGACAGCAGCUAAGCUGCUCAUACAGCUAUGGAGGCAGGAGGAACUGGACCUGGGAGUCCAACGUGAUCAAUACGGAAGGAUUGCUGAUGUGAAGAGACCUAUUGCUGGCAGCUUCCAGAAAGAGCAAGAGAUCAUCCCCAUGCCUUCCAGCUGUCCCAGCUUUGCCAUCAUAGAAAUUUCAGAAAACAUACGGGCAAAACUUUAUUCAUUAUUGUGCAAGCUAGAAGCCUCACAGACAAAUAGAACUGUAUUUCUCAUCUUGUAAGUAACCAUACUGGCAUUAAUAUAACAAUUGCUAUUGUCACUGUGGCAUUUCCUCACUUGGUAUGUAUGGUCUUGUACAGCCUCCAGUCAUCUAACAUCUGGAUCUGAACAGUUGACUAUUUCUACACUUAGAAUUUUGCCUUUGUCAUAACUUACUGAAUUACAUACUGUGUUUUUAAAAUAAUUUUUCAAACUAGCUAUUUUAAUUUGCAUUCUAAUCUUUGUCUUCAAUUUGCUACACUCUCUCUCUUCUAAUUAUGUGUUAUUUGCCCACUGAAUAUGAAUAAUUGUUACACCUUUGUCUAAUCUGAAGUUCAGAUACUUGAUAAGCCUUCUUGCUUGGCUGUACAAAAAACUAGGCAGAAUGACGUGGUCUUUUUUUACUACUUCAUGUUAAUGUUUCCACUGUUACCAUUUAGCUACACAAACUGGAUUUAACCACUGUUCCUUGUCUUCUAAUUUUUUCUUUUUAAAAAUAGACAUUAUGUUUGUUCUUUUCAAGUCUGUCCUCAAUGGGUUCAAAGAUGGUGAGUAAUAGUUCUGAGACUGCUUCAACCAGUUCCCUGGCUAUCCUAGGAACCAACUGAUUUGAAAACAUCCUGUUUCUCUAACAAACUAUAGCCAGUUCCUUCCCUGUUUUAACCCAACUUCUUAUUAGCGUUAAUUAUGUUAAUCUUGGGUCAUCACAGCUGAAUUCUUUAUUAAAUCAAAAAAGGCAUGAGAUUUUGUUCAGCUUUCAUCUGUAUUUAUACAUACCUCUUAUAUUACUUAUGUACUUUUUAUCAUCUCCUAUGAAGUACUGACACGAUGUGGAAGUGGAUAAGACUGAAAAGAACUCUUAUAGUCUUUUUCUACCAUCUUUUUCUUAGUGUAGUUGUACUUCAUAAUAGCCUGUAACAGAGUGGUCCCAGUGUUAAUUGAUCUUUACUUAUGAAAUUUCUUAACUUCAAAACAUGAUGUAAUUAUGCUAUAAUAAACAGAUGCUAUGUUUCCAGUUAUCACACAGGUGGUAUGUUGAAAUCUAGAAAUAGCUUUUAUUGACUAUAUGGAAAUAGUUUUUUAAAACGCUGAGUAGAAUAAAUGUUCAGUAUACGAAAAAUAUGAGGCAUAGUCUCAGCAACCAUACUACUCUUCCUUAUUCCUUCACACAUAUUGUUAAAAAUAUAUUUUUGAAAUGGAUUCACUAUGCUCAAGUCUCAAGACUGAGGUGGAGAUUAUCUUCAUUACACAGCUUUGAAACAAGGUGGUGGAGAUCCUGUAAUGCCAUUCUCCUGUUAGCUAUGAAAUAUCCAAAGCAAACUCUGUGCUAAAAUGUUGCUUGAGAAAUUGUAAUCUGUAGAUUCAACUGUUUGUCUGCUUUAAUGGAAAAUCAAACUCUCACCAGAAAAAAAAAAAAAAAAAGAAAGA